ACUGCGGUUAUGAGAUGGUAGAACAUUGUUUAUGGGAAUAAAAGUGAUAGCGACGGAAAAGUUACUAUUUAAGUGUGAUAUAUUCCAAUGAUGUUGUAAAAAAAAGUUUUCACAAUUGCAUGUUUUCGGUAUUGCUAUUCUUGCUUUGCAUCUUCGAGAAUGACUGAAUACAAACUGGUUGUUGUGGGUGCGGGUGGCGUUGGGAAAAGUGCAUUGACAAUUCAACUUAUACAAAAUCAUUUUGUGGACGAAUAUGAUCCUACAAUAGAAGAUUCUUAUCGGAAACAGGUUGUGAUUGACGGAGAGACGUGUUUGUUAGACAUAUUGGACACAGCAGGUCAAGAAGAAUAUAGUGCUAUGAGAGACCAAUAUAUGAGGACUGGUGAAGGUUUUCUUUUAGUUUUCGCAGUUAACAGUGCAAAAUCCUUUGAAGAUAUUGGAACUUAUCGCGAGCAAAUCAAAAGGGUUAAAGAUGCAGAAGAAGUCCCGAUGGUUUUAGUUGGGAAUAAGUGUGACCUACCAUCGUGGGUAGUUGAUACAAAUCAAGCACGCGAAAUAGCCAAGCAGUAUGGAAUCCCUUUCAUCGAAACAUCAGUAAAAACACGUAUGGGUGUUGACGACGCAUUCUAUACCCUUGUACGAGAAAUCAGAAAAGAUAAGGAGCACAGAGGACGAGAAAAACGAAAAAGAUUGAGAGGAACCCACAAAAAGAAGAGAUGCUGUUUGCUGUAGAGGUUUAAUCACUUUAACUUAUAACUAUAUUUCUUUUAAUAUUAAAAAUUUUCUAAUCUCGUUCCAUAAUUGCAUAUGAUGAGCAAUUAAUUCUUCUUUGCAUUUGCUAUGGUUGUUAGAAGCAUAAAAGCUGCUUAUACUUCCACUGUGAUUUCCACUCAGCUGUUGUCCUUUUUUUUCUGUUUGCAAAGAAAAUAAAGAAGUUUCCCGUGUGUGUCAAACCGAAAAACUGCCAAGGAAUGGGGAAAACUGAUGCUCACAUAUGUUUUGAUAAGAGAUUUUUUUAUUGUUAUUAUUAUAAAUACUUGCCUUCAUUGUAGAAGUUUAUUUUGUCAUCGAGAUCUUUUUAUUAUGUUAAUUAUACUGCCAGUAACUUUAGUGUUUACAUUUUCUGAAUAAAUGAGUCAUGUUUGCAAUAACAUUUGGCAAAUGGUACUCCUAUUUGAAAGUCUUAAGCACAAAUUCCAGUGUAGCUGAUUUUGCAUCAUAUAUGAUGUGCACAAUUCAUAAUUUUUUUAAACUCUGUGCUUCAAGGUAUGUAAACUUUUACUC